CUACUAUUAGUAAUUAACAUGGAUUCACGCUAGGACCAAUAUGUCAGAUCUGACACAAGUCACACGCAACAAGCCGAGACAAAUCGUAAUUCCAAUUCAACCGCCCAUCUUAUUUAUGUCACCAUCCAUCUUGAAGGAUUCGCUUAGCGGCGUGGCGAACGAGCUGAUCAGGGCCUCAGACCCUGUAAUAAGUUGUAACAGAGUGUUGUUAGUGCUGACCUAAGGCCAGGAUGUUUCGUCUUUUAAUCAGGCCUUGUGUCUGCGGAUCAUUCCAUGAUCCAGUAUUUAAUGAUUGAGCCUUUGCCUUGAAUUGUUUGCCAUAAGGCUGAAGAUAAUUAUCGAUUCAACAAAAAAUUGGUGAUGGCUUCAAACACGCCCAAGACGCCAUCUUCUGGCGCCUCACCUGGGAGCCUUCAUCGGGCUACUAACCCCGCAACUCCCGGGCGGCAAGCAGGCCACGCAACAAUCCCCCAUGACCGACCCGUGGCCCUCAUGACUUCAGGCGCUCCUCUGCUUAAUCCACGCAGUUGCGUUACUUGUCGGAGGCGCAGAGUCCGAUGUGACAAGACGAUGCCCUGCAGCAAUUGUCGGCGGGCUCAAUGCGAUUGCAUCUACCCUGCUCCAGGCCGCGCACCACGUCAUACGCGGCUUGCGCCAACAGGGCCUGCCACUGGGCAGAGUGAGCGUGAAAUGGAUCUCUUGGGUCGACUGCGGAAGCUCGAGGGGCUUGUCUAUGAGAUGAGUGGCCAAGGUACAGCUAGUGAGAAUGACAUGGAAGUGAGCAAUGGAGAAUCACCACUAGCUUCAGAGAAGAGCAAGAACGCAAAAGAUGUCGUUCAAGCAGCCACUGAGAAGGUCAAGAGAGAGUCUGAGAAUACCGAUUUCUCAAAGAUCAACAAACAGCUUGGCCGUUUAGUACUCCAUGAUGGAGACUCCACGCCACGAUACGUUAAUAGUGGCUUCUUCGUGAAGCUCAACGAUGAGGUACGAUCUCCUUUACAAUCUUGAGCAUCACCUAACACGGACAGCUCGCUGAAAUCCGCAACGAGAUGGAGAUUAUGAACGAAGAAGAAGCCGAGUUUGAAGAGGAUACAACUCCAGAGCAGUCUCCUCCGCAAAACUUGGGUAUUGAGCAUGAUCACCACAGCUUCCUUUUUGGCUACAGUUCUGCCGAUGUUGAUCUUACAGGCCUCCAUCCAUUGCCUGCACAGGGCUCUUUCCUUUGGCAGAUCUAUCUCGAGAAUAUCGAACCUCUUGUCAAGGUGUUGCACAUCCCCACCAUGAGCAGACUCAUGACUCAAGUGAGGCGCGGAGAGCAUGAUCUACGCCCUGGAGAUGAAGCGCUUGUGUUUGCCAUUUAUUAUUCAGCUGUUACAUCGAUGGAGACACAAGAGGUUGAAGCAAAUCUCGGCGCGUCUCAAUCUCACUUCGUAUCUCAAUUUCGCUUCGCUCUUGAACAAGCUCUAGCCAAGUCUAAUCUUCUCAACACCACCAACAUGGCUAUGCUGCAGGCAUUUGUUAUCUACCUCACCGUAGUCAAAUGUCACGAUGAUAGCAAAUUCGCUUGGACGCUUACCAGUCUUUGUGUCCGAAUGGCUCAAGCCCUUGGUCUCUACCGCGACGGUCAACAGCUUGGCCUCUCACCGUUUGAGGUUGAGAUGCGCCGUCGUCUUUGGUGGGCCAUUGUGUCUCUUGACGUCCGUUCUGCUGAGGAGAUGGGGUCUGAUCUGAUCAUAGGUGACAAGACCUUUGACACUCAACUCCCAUCCAACAUAAACGACGCCGAUAUUGACCCAUCGUUUACCGAAACACCAACCCCACGUCAGGGCCGCACUGACUCCGCCAUCUGCCUCUCACGUUACGAGAUCACCGCCCUAUCUCGGGGCUUAUUCGCGGCCAUAGCGCAAAUGCGCCCUGUUGAUCCCAAAGAGGUCGAAAAAAGCCUCGAAGAGCGCGAGCACAUGCUUGUUGAAGUCUACGAACGCAUGGAGGAUAAGUUCCUGAAACAUCUUAUGAGGGAAGAUGAUCCUAUCUUCUGGGUUGCUUCUCUCAUUUCUAGAAUCAUGAUGGCAAAGGUUGGCCUCAUCAUAUAUCAGCCCGUGCUCUUCCCAGGGACGGGCCCGGAGGUAUCAUACGAGAUCCGAAGCCGGUUGUGGCAGUCUUGUAUUGAGAUCGUUGAGUACAGUCACAUUCUCAAUAUUGACCCCAGCUGCCGGCAAUGGCGUUGGCUGUUCAAAUCCUACCGCCAAUGGCACGCGAUCGCAUGCAUGCUGCUGGAACUCUCGAAACGGCCUUGGGGUGUCACCUCGGAGCGAGCAUGGGAAGCUGCCCAAAUUCUCGACUAUGAUCACCCAAUCGAUGGCAGCAAUAACACAAAUCAUACGGCUGCAUGGAUGCCUAUUAAAAGGCUUUUUACAAAGGCUAAACGACAUCGUGAAUCAGAGCUUGUUCGGCUACGCGCUGAUCCUGAGGCAGCGAGACGUCUCGAUCGUGAGGAGAGAAUCAAACCUGUACUGGAACGUAUUGGCCCUGCGCCCGGAAUGGAGACCCGCAUGUCAGAACUCCGAGUCCGAUGGCGAAAGAUAUUUCGACCGGGAGACUUCUCCGAUGAUGUCGAGUACCAGAGCAUUUUACCCAGCGCAGAUCAACCUGCGUCCCUUUCGCAAACCCGACAACAGCCCCAACAGCCACUCGACCAAAUGAGUGUAUUUGACCCCAAAACCUGGCAAAGCAUUCACUCUGGCAAUCCAAAUAUUUCUAUAUACUACGAAGGGGGUGAUUCUGGAGCGCAGAACAUGGGUGGUCUUUUCCCAGGUGAUAGUAGCCUUGGAAGUCUCUCAAGCAUUGCAUCGCCCGCCAUAUCGGGGACUGCAUCUACACAUAGGAACGACAACGAUCCUCAAGCACUUGGAGGUACUCGCCUAUCACCAUGGCCAGGUUCAGAUAUGUUUCAGCACACGCAAGAUCCAGGUGCUCUCGGUGAUAUCGAUGAGCUUUUCCAAAACAGAGCCGGGCCCAAUCCUGGUCUCGACCUAAACAUGGAUCCUGGCGAAGUUGAUGAUAUUGAUUGGCAGAACUGGGAUGAGACUUUAAGGACUUUGAAUAGGCCAGCGAUGGAUCAAAUGGGAGCGGGUGCCGGUAGUUGGGGUGGCAUGUGAGCGUAGUGAGCUGAUAACGUUGCUCAGACUUAUUAAACUAUUUGAUCCCAUGUGGUAUAUUCUGUCAGGCUUCCACAAUGACUUUGUUAUGAGUCAUGCUUCCUUUGAUAACUAACUAUUCGUGAUAAGUUUUUGAUUGCAUGACUGUAUCUAUAUAGCACUUUUAGCUUGCAAUGAAUCCUGGCUACUCAAACAUCU